GCAAAAGAGAGAUGACCAGUUUUACUUGAAUCGAAUGAAAAGCAGUGCUGGUGACGCCAUUUUAGAAAUCCUUCAUCUCGCUGAAAUCCUGCUUCAAGUACAGAAAAGUGCAAUGAAAUUAAAUCUUUAGGGAGAAUAAAAUUAAAGCUACUGCAACAAAUUUUGUGUAAUAAAGUGAGCCAUUACAUACUCCGUUUAUUACCGGCUUUUGCAACGUGUCGCCAACCAUUUGUCAAAUCGACUUUGAGAAUUAUUACGAAGAUAUUGGGAAAAUUGAUCGAACAUUCUAAGGAACUAUAUUAUCAUAUUUGAUAAAGAGGUAGUGUGGCGUUAUAGACAGAGAAGAUAGUUCGCCGAUGAAUAAGCUUUUGCAGCAUGAAUUCUCUGGGAGGAUCUAAAGGGGAGCGCAAUGCAAAACCCAAAUUUGCUGCUUUAGAUAUCAACAAGCUUUAUAUUACCAGCCGGGGCGAAUCUUUGGAACCAUCAACGCAGAAAAGUACUAUUCCUCGCAAACAUGGUAUGCAAAGUUUGGGUAAAGUUCCGUCUGCACGACGAGCACCGGCAAAUCUCCCCUCAUUAAAAGCUGAAGUUAGCAACCCUACCGACCAUUCUGGUAGUUGGAGUCUGGAGCAGAACAAUAACAAUAACGGCAUUAGUAGUCAAGCUAACGUCAGAAGCAGCAAUAGUUUCCCCUUAACGGAUUACAGAUCAAUCUCCGAUACAGACUCGCAGAAUAAUCCGCAAUAUCUAUCAAAUUCACCCAUCGUACCUUCUGCAGCUACAUGGAAUACGAUCGAAUUUCCGUCGUUAGACGACACCGGAUCAGCUGGUGCAAAUGUGAUAAAAGCUUCACAACAGCAAGAACAACCCACAAAAGCUGGUCCCUUAAGUAUGCGACCGCAAGCCGAUACAAAAACUUGGAUUCUUCAACAAACAAGCGGUGGUCGGGCUGGUGCAGCUACUUCUUCCUCAUCUAUGGCUUCUCCUAUGGACAGUGCCUCCAAAGAAGCAAGAGGACAAAAUAUCCAAAAUGUUACAACCCAAAAUCUAACAGAAUCCUCAUUACCACCUCAAUUCAGAGCUCUUCUUCCAUCGUUUAUGAGGGGAAACGAAAUUGCCUCUACGGAUACUGUAAACAAUGGUGUCACGGUUUCAUCUUCAUCCUCACAACCACCAUCUCAUGCGAUAAUAUCCUCGAUUCAACGGAGCAGCAGCAACAGUGUAAUGCCAAGUUUUGCACAAUCACACGGAAUGCUUCCUCAUCAAGGUACUGUUUCCUUGGAACCGAAAAACAACUCCAAUUCUCGUACUGGGCCAGUUGGAGCAAACUAUUCUCCCAAAAUAUCGAGCACUUCAGGAAGAACUCGCAGUCUUGGCCAUGGAAACGCCGUAAGCGGUUCGACAGUCAGUCAAGAAAGAGGGAAUACUGGAGAGGGAUUGUUGAAUGAUCAUCAUUAUGGAGGACGGCGUGGUGGACCACCGUCACUAUCGCGGCAUCGUGGAGGUGGUGUAAAUCCGGCAGGAGUAACAGCCAGUUCAUGCUCGGGGAUUCCCCCUCGUGGUAGCGGGAUUUCAGAUGUAAGUGAUACCAUUGCAAUGAAAGACGAACAGCGCAACGUAUUAUCAUCAGGAAGUUUGAACGAUCAAGAGUCAAUAGUCGUACGUCCAAUUAUCCGAGAUGAAGAACUGCAACGACUUGAAGCGAUUUCCAAGGAUGAAGGAUGGUCAAAAGACUAUGAAUUCGAUUACAAUCAGAAAUUAGAAUUUUCGGAUGAUGAAAUGGAGCCUAAUCUACCUUCUAUAGCAAAUUUAAGCAACAACAAAUAUGAUACUCAACAGAUCCCUCUUGUUAAAGAAGAAAAAGUUAUUAAUCGCAACAAAGAUAUUGAAAAUGAAACCAUUGUCAAAAAAGACGUACAUGACCGCGACCAAGGUCUUCAAAGAAAUAGUGGACAAAAUUCUCGCCCUAUCAUGACACCCGCCUCCGCUUCUAGCAUUAUUGGUGGAGUGCUGGAUGUCGCAGAAGCCAAGGAACGACUAAAACAACGACGUGAAGAAGAUCAGAAACGCGAACAAGAGCGGAAACAGGCUGCUGCAAAAAAAUUGCUAGAGCUAGAAAAAAAAUUAAGUCGUAAAAAAUCUGAAGAAGUUGCAGCUGCUAGUAACAUAUGCGGAAGUGACAAUUUUACCACGAAAGUUACUUCCAAUGUCACGCAUACGUCUAUUAAUGCAUUUGAAGAAAGCAAAUCAUGUUGUACAACGGACCAUGCGGUUGAGCCGUGGGUUUCCGUUCCGGUUAAACUAACAGGUAAAAGUGCAGAACGAACUGAAGCUAGAGAUCGGUAUGAAUACGUGAGUAAUAGAAACGAUAGAGAUCGUGAUGUUGGGAAUGGUACAAACGGAAAUAAUUGGGAUGCACCUGCCUUUUCAAAGUCGUUCCAAUCAAAUUUACCACCACGAUUCCAACGACGCAAGCUUGAAAGGAAUACAUCCGGAUCUAAUAUCCUAAACGUCACUGAUGGCCACAAUAGUUGUCGUUUAGGAGGUAAAGGAAUGGUUGGUCGUGAUGUCGAUGAUGCAAAGAGUGACAUACCAUUUUCGCAACAAUACGAUCCUCGCUUUAUUCACAACCAACAAAAUAACUUUUUGUCUGCUAAAGCGACUCGUCGUAUAGAAGCGGAAAAUCAACAGGGGAAACUAAAGCGCAAUCAACAGAGUGAUCGUGAUGAAAAAGAGGUAGAGCGGGAUUUAGAGGAUCGUUCAUGUGAUCGAGACCACCGCCAACAUGAUCAUGAGAAUGCGCUAAAUGUAAUGCAACGGAACAAUAAGCUUACUGUGGAUAUAGAAUUUUCAACAAGCAACGAGAGAGAAUCUUCUAGCCAGUUGAACACUGGUUCAACUACAGCUCCGCAUGCACGUAGGUUAUCAGAGAAAUCACGCGGAGAUCAUAAAAUUAGUAUCUCUAGCGAUGAUAAUCUUCAACAUGUUAAUACUAAAGUUCCCUUAGCGAAUUCUGACAGUUUCGUUCAAAAGACUUCAUGGGAUGAAGAUAUUUGUGAAGAAGAACAAUUUCAAAAAUCUUCGCAAUUGACUGAAUGUUCAGCAUCAUUAUUGAAACAUGAUGCGGCCCUUAUAAUUUCUACCUGUGACCGAAUUGAUAAUUCUCUUGCUGAUCGGGAGCUGAAUAAGGAUGUUACAAACAAACAAUCGCAACAGUUCUCAGACAAGGAUGAAGAAAGACAAGUUUCGAGUGGGUCAAACAAAAGUAAAUUAAAAGAUGAUGAUUCGAUUCACGUAUUCGAUUCUAACAAAGAAUUCCAUUUUAAACAAAUGCCAUGUUAUGAUAACGAGGACAUGUCUAUACCCAGGAAUGAAAAUCUUGAACAAUCUAGAACCAAGGAGAACAUUGUAGAACCUCCAAUCAUUCCAUCUUCUACUAAUGACUUUACAAUCUCUGAAUACUCACAUAAUAGUCGGGCAUCGGAUAGAUCAGACAUUUGUUCAUUAAAGGCAGCAGUUUCUAAAAACUGUGUUACAAUUGACAAAGAAGGAGAAGAUAUUUCAAAUUUGCAACAACAACCUGGCAACAAAAAGAAAAUAACAUCUGUUCAGCAACCAUCACGAGAUCGUAGACAUGAUUCUCGUAUUACCGAAGGAACACGUAACAAUGUUAAUAGUGUUUACCAGCGUUUGGAAGGUGGGAUAAAUAGAGGGAACAACACAGCAACAAAUUGGAAUCGUUCCCGUGGAGCUGGAAAGAUUGGCGGUCGUAAUUACAAUCAGGACUACUGGAGUGAGUCAGAUUUUUCGGAGGAAGGAUUUGAAGAUGACCAGCACUUGAAAAAGGCAAACUGCGCUGGUCUAAAGUAUCAUCAACAUUACCAGCUGCAACAUCGUCAUAGUGGCGCGCAUUCAGGGCUCGGUUUUAAAUCUAUACAAGGAGAUGCUUGUAUCAAAGAAGGUUUUACCCCGCGUGGUGAACCAUCGCGGCGCGGUAGAGGUGGGGGAAAUGUAAAUAUUGGAUCGGCAGUGUCAUUCAGAAAAAAAAUUGUACAAGGGGGUGCAGCACAUCUUGGUAAAAAGAUAGAAUGCUAUCCACCUGGUCCAGCUAGUUCUAAAAAUCCUUUCCGAGGCACAGAUAAUGCUAUUAAUGUUAUAAAUAAUCCGGAAGAUCAAUCAAAGGCUGGCGUUUCAGUUACUGAUAACAGUAGUAUAACUGCAAUUUGGACGCGAAAUGUAUCGCAAUCUUGUAACAACGCAAUAGAAGAUGUGCAACCUAAGGAUGACAAAAUAACUAAUUCCGAUGAAGAUUGUGAUAAGCUAUCACGACGAGUGCAUCAUAGUGACGCAGUUCAAAACCCUACAUUGAUCGACAAACACAGCACAAAUACCCUGGGCGUGGCGUUAUCCAAAGAACCCAUUGAAAAAACUGUUUUAUUCUCUGAACAUUGCACCUCAUCAGAAAACACAUCGACGCCUUCGUCUGUUUUUACCGGUAAAGGAACAAUGAAUCAAAAACUGAAAAAUCCAGCAAUCAGUGGUGAAAAGAAUAGCAGUUAUGAACAUGUAGGUUCCCGAAGCAAUGUUUCCUCUACCAUGAGUAAUGCACUAAGUGAACGAAACAGCCAUUUGUCUCGUGUCGAAAAGUUCAAUAAAGAAGGGACAAUCGACUGCAGUAGAAUGCAUAGGAACGAAAAUGAAGAAGGAGCAACGCCUGAACUCAGUUGCGAUUAUGAUGAAAAUGAUUGUAAAACAGCAAAAAAGAAUCGAGGUAUCGCUUUGGAAGACGGUCUUUACUCUGAUUUGUGUACUGAAGGAAACUCCUUCGCACAAUUAGAAGAUGUAGAAGCGCUGAAACAAACUGGACCUAAUACAGCAAGCGGCGCCCAACCUAAACAGCAGUCGUUGGAAGAUUCCAAUAAGAGCGUAUCAAUGAACGUAAAGACUGAUAAUAAUAAGCAUCAUCUAGAUGGAAGUUCACCUCCCGUAAAAACGAUCAU